AUGGAGUCUGAGAUGCUGCAGUCCCCUCUCCUGGGGCUCGGGGAGGAGGAUGAGGCAGACCUGACAGACUGGAACUUGCCUCUGGCCUUCAUGAAGAAGCGUCACUGUGAGAAGAUCGAGGGCUCCAAGUCUCUGGCCCAGAGCUGGAGGAUGAAGGACCGGAUGAAGACUGUUAGCGUUGCCUUAGUUUUGUGCCUAAACGUAGGUGUUGAUCCUCCUGAUGUGGUGAAGACAACUCCCUGUGCGCGUCUGGAGUGCUGGAUAGAUCCUCUGUCAAUGGGUCCUCAAAAAGCUCUGGAAACGAUUGGUGCAAAUUUACAAAAGCAAUAUGAAAACUGGCAGCCCAGGGCCCGGUACAAGCAGAGCCUCGAUCCUACGGUGGAUGAAGUUAAGAAACUAUGUACAUCGCUGCGUCGAAAUGCCAAGGAAGAGAGAGUCCUCUUUCACUACAAUGGGCAUGGUGUUCCCAGGCCAACAGUGAACGGGGAGAUCUGGGUCUUCAACAAGAACUAUACUCAGUAUAUUCCACUAUCCAUAUAUGACCUGCAGACUUGGAUGGGCAGUCCCUCCAUUUUCGUCUAUGAUUGCUCCAAUGCUGGCCUUAUUGUCAAGUCAUUCAAGCAAUUUGCACUACAGAGGGAGCAAGAGUUGGAGGUUGCUGCAAUUAACCCUAAUCAUCCACUUGCUCAGAUGCCUUUGCCCCCUUCAAUGAAGAACUGCAUUCAGCUGGCAGCAUGUGAAGCCAAUGAAUUGCUACCUAUGAUCCCUGACCUGCCGGCUGACCUUUUCACAUCAUGCCUUACUACACCAAUCAAAAUUGCUCUGAGGUGGUUUUGCAUGCAGAAGAGUGUCAGAUUGGUGCCAGGAGUCACGCUGGAUUUAAUAGAGAAGAUUCCUGGCAGACUGAAUGACAGGAGAACGCCUCUGGGAGAGUUGAAUUGGAUCUUUACAGCAAUCACAGACACCAUUGCAUGGAACGUCCUGCCACGAGAUCUCUUCCAGAAGCUCUUCAGGCAGGAUCUGCUGGUGGCUAGCUUAUUUCGUAACUUCCUGUUAGCAGAAAGGAUUAUGAGGUCUUACAACUGUACCCCUGUCAGCAGCCCACGUCUACCUCCAACCUAUAUGCAUGCAAUGUGGCAAGCUUGGGACCUCGCAGUUGAUAUUUGCCUUUCCCAAUUACCAACAAUCAUAGAGGAAGGAACUGCAUUUCGGCACAGCCCAUUCUUUGCUGAGCAGCUAACAGCAUUCCAGGUGUGGCUAACGAUGGGAGUGGAGAACCGGAACCCACCAGAACAACUGCCAAUAGUUUUGCAGGUGCUGCUGAGCCAGGUGCAUCGGCUGCGAGCUCUUGACUUGUUGGGAAGAUUUCUGGACCUGGGUCCCUGGGCCGUUAGCUUGGCUCUCUCUGUUGGCAUUUUCCCUUAUGUGCUGAAGCUGCUUCAGAGUUCAGCUCGGGAACUGAGACCACUUCUUGUCUUCAUCUGGGCCAAAAUUCUUGCGGUGGACAGUUCAUGCCAAGCCGACCUUGUGAAGGACAACGGUCACAAAUAUUUCCUUUCCGUCUUGGCAGAUCCCUACAUGCCAGCUGAACACAGGACUAUGACUGCUUUCAUUUUGGCUGUGAUCGUCAACAGCUACAAUACAGGGCAGGAAGCCUGCCUUCAAGGAAACUUGAUUGCCAUCUGCCUGGAGCAGUUAAAUGAUCCGCAUCCUCUACUGCGCCAGUGGGUGGCGAUUUGUUUAGGACGUAUCUGGCAGAAUUUUGACUCAGCAAGGUGGUGUGGCGUGAGAGACAGUGCCCACGAGAAGCUCUACAGUCUCCUCUCAGACCCCAUCCCAGAGGUUCGCUGUGCUGCAGUCUUUGCACUGGGCACAUUUGUGGGCAACUCGGCUGAGCGGACCGAUCACUCCACCACCAUUGAUCACAACGUGGCCAUGAUGCUGGCACAGCUCAUCAACGACGGGAGCCCCGUGGUUAGAAAGGAGCUGGUGGUGGCUUUGAGUCACCUAGUGGUUCAGUAUGAGAGCAAUUUCUGCACUGUUGCCUUGCAAUUUAUGGAAGAAGAGAAGAAUUAUCCUCUGCCCUCUCCAGCUACCACAGAGUGUGGGAGUUUGACGCCAGUGCGAGAUGGUCCGUGUACUCCGAGACUUCGUUCCGUCAGCUCCUAUGGGAACAUCCGAGCAGUCACCACGGCUAGGAACCUGAACAAGUCUCUGCAGAACCUCAGCUUAAAUGAAGAAUCUGGAAGCUCUGUUGCGUUUUCUCCUGGGAAUCUCAGCACCAGCAGCAGUGCUAGCAGCACCUUGGGCAGCCCUGAGAAUGAAGAGUAUAUCCUGUCAUUUGAGACCAUCGACAAGAUGAGAAGAGUUAGCUCCUACUCCUCCUUGAAUUCACUGAUCGGAGUUUCUUUCAAUAGUGUUUACACCCAAAUUUGGAGAGUCCUUCUACAUCUGGCUGCUGACCCCUACCCUGAUGUCUCAGAUGUGGCCAUGAAAGUACUCAACAGCAUUGCCUACAAGGCAACAGUAAAUGCCCGCCCCCAGCGCAUCCUUGACAGCUCCUCCCUCACGCAGUCUGCCCCAGCCAGCCCUACCAACAAGGGCAUGCACAUCCACCAAGUGGGAGGGUCUCCUCCAACUACCAGCACAAGCAUCUCCAGCCUGACAAACGACGUGACAAAACCGCCAGUCAGCCGGGACCUCCCAUCUGUAAGACCUUCAAAUGUAGGCAGUCUUGGGGUCCAGUACACCCCCCACUCCCACCAGUUCCCCAGGACAAGGAAAAUGUUUGACAAAGGGCCAGAUCAGACCACUGAUGAUGCAGAUGAUGCUGUUGGACACAAAAUCUUCAUUUCGGCCACAAUGCAGACAGGAUUUUGUGACUGGAGCGCAAAAUAUUUUGCUCAACCGGUCAUGAAGAUUCCAGAAGAGCAUGAUUUGGAGAGCCAGAUCCGCAAAGAGAGGGAAUGGCGGUUUCUACGCAACACCCGUGUCAGAAAGCAAGCACAGAAGAUCAUCCAGAAGGGUAUUUCACGGCUAGAUGAUCAAAUCUUUCUGAACAGGAAUCCAGGCGUUCCUUCCGUGGUGAAGUUCCAUCCAUUCACACCAUGUAUAGCAGUAGCUGAUAAAGACAGCAUCUGUUUUUGGGAUUGGGAGAAGGGGGAGAAACUGGACUAUUUCCACAAUGGGAACCCUCGCUACACCAGGAUCACAGCAAUGGAAUACCUGAAUGGACAAGACUGCUCUCUGCUCCUGACUGCCACAGAUGACGGUGCUAUCAGAGUGUGGAAGAACUUUGCAGACCUUGAAAAGAAUCCCGAGAUGGUGACUGCCUGGCAGGGCUUGUCGGACAUGCUGCCAACCACACGAGGAGCAGGGAUGGUUGUGGACUGGGAACAAGAGACUGGGCUUCUCAUGACAUCAGGAGAUGUGCGGAUUAUCCGGAUCUGGGACACAGAUCGAGAAAUGAAAGUACAGGAUAUCCCCACAGGAGCUGACAGCUGUGUGACCAGCCUGUCGUGUGACUCUCACCGCUCGUUGAUCGUGGCAGGGCUCGGUGAUGGCUCCAUCCGUGUCUAUGACAGGAGGAUGGCUCUGAGUGAAUGCCGCGUCAUGACCUACCGGGAGCACACAGCCUGGGUCGUGAAAGCAUAUUUGCAGAAACAUCCUGAAGGCAACAUCAUGAGCGUCAGCGUGAAUGGAGAUGUCCGUUUCUUCGACCCCAGGAUGCCAGAGUCUGUGAAGGUCCUUCAGAUAGUCAAAGGGCUGACCGCCCUGGACAUUCACCCACAGGCCAAUCUGUUUGCAUGUGGCUCAAUGAAUCAGUUCACUGCGAUCUACAAUGGGAAUGGAGAGCUGAUCAACAAUAUCAAAUACUAUGAUGGAUUUAUGGGACAGAGAGUCGGAGCCAUCAGCUGCCUGGCUUUCCAUCCUCAUUGGCCUCACCUGGCGGUUGGAAGCAAUGACUACUACAUCUCCGUGUACUCGGUGGAAAAGCGGAUCAGAUAA